AAAAAUUAUAUGAUUCCAUCCAUCUUAAGGCUUUUUCUGGAAUGGUCAAUUCUUGAUCGAGCUCAAUUUGGAUGCGAAUAGUCGAACUCCCAUCCACUGAGAAUGGUGUUCACAAUCACAUGUCUAGUGAAGGUUGAAAUAAUCGAUCCCUUUAUUGAGAGGUUGGGGUUCUGAAUCUGUCUUAGUUUUCACAUGGAGAGCCACACUUUUGUUGUUGGUCAAGAGUUUCCUGAUGUCAAGGCUUUUCGGAAUGCUAUUAAAGAAGCAGCAAUUGCACAACACUUUGAACUCCGUAUCAUCAAAAGUGACCUGAUUCGAUACUUUGCAAAGUGUGCUUCAGAAGGUUGUCCAUGGCGUAUUCGUGCAGUUAAGCUUCCUAAUGUCCCGACCUUCACAGUAAGAAGCCUUGAAGGUACACAUACUUGUGGUAGAAAUGCACAAAAUGGCCAUCAUCAGGCUUCUGUAGAUUGGAUUGUGAGCUUUAUAGAGGAACGACUGCGGAAUAAUACCAAUUACAAGCCAAAGGAUAUAUUACAUGACAUCCACCAGCAGUAUGGGAUAACUGUUCCAUAUAAGCAAGCCUGGCGUGCCAAAGAACGGGGUCUUGCAGCAAUUUAUGGCUCUUCUGAAGAAGGAUACUGCCUGCUUCCUUCAUACUGCGAGCAAAUAAAGAGAACUAACCCUGGAAGUGUUGCAGAAGUGUUCACCACUGGUGCAGAUAACCGGUUUCACAGGCUCUUCAUUUCUAUUUUUGGAUCCAUAAAUGGAUUCUUAAAUGGGUGCCUGCCUAUUGUUGGGCUUGGUGGAAUCCAACUCAAGAGCAAAUACCUUGGUACCUUACUUUCUGCGACAUCUUUUGAUGCUGAUGGCGGGCUAUUUCCACUUGCAUUUGGAGUUGUUGAUGUGGAAAAUGAUGAGAGCUGGAUGUGGUUCUUGUCAGAAUUGCAGAAGGCAUUGGAGAUGAACACUGAAAAUAUGCCACGGCUCACGUUUUUGUGUGAUGGACAAAAAGGCAUUGUAGAUGCAGUAAGAAGAAAAUUCCCAAGUUCUUCUCAUGCAUUUUGCUUGCGCCACUUGAGUGAAAGCAUUGGUAAAGAAUUCAAGAACUCAAGGCUUGUCCAUCUUUUGUGGAAAGCUGCAUACGCUACCACUACCAUUCAUUUUAAAGAAAAAAUGCUUGAAAUUUCAGAGGUUUCUUCUGCAGCUGCCGAGUGGUUGCAACAGUUUCCUCCCUCUCGCUGGGCUUUGGUUUAUUUUGAAGGAACACGGUAUGGCCAUCUCUCUUCAAAUAUUGAUGAAUUUAAUAGAUGGAUUCUGGAAGCUCGGGAGCUGCCUAUUAUCCAGGUGAUUGAGAGAAUUCACGGUAAACUCAUGGCUGAGUUUCAGGAUCGGCAGAUGAAGAGUAAUUCAUGGUGUUCUGUGCUUGCUCCUUCUGCCGAAAAACGUAUGAUUGAGGCCAUUAAUCAUGCAUCAGCAUACCAAGUCCUUCGAUCUGAUGAAGUGGAAUUUGAGGUUCUGUCAUCAGAGCGCUCGGACAUUGUGAAUAUUGGGACGCAUAGUUGUUCCUGCCGAGGUUGGCAGCUUUAUGGAAUACCAUGUUCACAUGCUGUCGCAGCCCUUGUUUCAUGUCGGAAAGAUGUAUAUGCCUUUACAGAGAAGUGUUUUACCGUUGCUGGUUAUCGCGAAGCAUAUGCAGAAACUAUACAUCCCAUCCCUGAAAGAAUUGAUUGGAGAAAGAUGAGUGAGGCUCCUGUGAAUGAUGAUGAUGAUGCUCAAGUUGUCAGGCCACCCAAGUUUCGUCGGCCACCAGGACGCCCAGAAAAGAAACGAAUUUGCGUAGAGGACGAACUUAAUCGUGAAAAACAUACCGUGCAUUGUAGUAGGUGUAACCAAACUGGUCAUUAUAAAACAACAUGCAAGGCAGAGACUAUGAACAGUAUUGAACAGUUUUAGGUAACCUAACUUUGUACCUUACAGCUCCCCUGGACUGGUUAUGUUGAGUAGAGUAGAGUAGAGUUGCGAUGCUUAAGGCACAACUGUCAUUUAGUAUCUGUAAAAUACGAAACCUGUCAUGUAACUGAAAAUGUACGUGUCAUCCAAAUUAUGUAAUUUAGCCAUUUUAGGUAAUGGCUAGUCGCCUCACACCCUUCUUCGCCUC